AUGACAAGGUUUAACUUCGCCAUAGGCCAUGACGAGGACGGGACCACUGAUCUUGGGAAAGUUGCUACAGAUACGACCACCACUACUGGGAGCUCGAUCCCUGUGAGGAGCAGUAUGGACUCUGAUAGCUUUUCGCAUGACGAGGACGCGGAGUUGAGCCGUUCGAUGGAUGAUUCGCAGGACGCGCGGGAGGUGAAGAGUAUGAACAGUGAGUAUUCCAGCGACGAUGGCAGCAAGGACCGCACGAAGAAGGAGAUCAACUCGGCUGAGUACUCGGCUGACAUUCAGCCGUUGCAGUUCAAGAUGAGCAGGAGGAGGACCACGCAGUUUGACGGGACCGAAUCUUCGAAGGCGAGCAGGAAGGCCAACGCCAGCGGCAACGGUAGCGAUCCGAUAAAGACACUCAGGUUCGACGAGGGCAGUCUGUCUUCUUCGCCAACUGCGAUUGCUUCCGAUGCCACCAGGGCUAGUCUACAGAGAGAUACGUUUGCGAAAGUAAGAGAGCAUAUACAGCGAGGGUCCGUAGGAAACAGUGGACUCACAAGGUCAGAUUUCAAUCCAUUUGCAUUUAUAGAUAGAGAACAGUUUGAAACGUACUUGAAGGAGCCCCGCUACAUACGGAUCUUCAAAAAGAGAUCGCGGUCAUCUAAGCAGUUUAGAAGAUUAUUCCUUGCGCAGGAGCUGAAAACCACUGAUGAAUUCGAUGACAUAGAAGCAAUGAGCGCUAGCUUAUUAUCUCAGCCCGAUGGCCUAAAACCAAAUACAUCUAUAACGAACGCUACACUAAACGGUAAUAACUUUCACGAUAAUAUAAACGAUCCGAAUCACGACAUGCAUUCAGAUAAAACUUUCUCCGGGACAGCAUGCCCUGUUCUUCCAACUUCAGGACAUUUGGAACCAGCUAAGAAUACAAAGGCUAUAUGGAGCACAAAAUUUAGCAUUGAUGGUAAAUACAUGGCAACAGGUAGUCGAGAUGGCGUUCUAAGACUGUGGAAAGUGCUAAGCACACCUGUGGAGAGAUGGGGGUUGGAUUCAUCUAUAGAUUCUGCACAUUUGACUUCAGCAAAAUCACUGCGGUUACAACAAAAUCAGCAUGGUUCAUCACAUGGUGGCCCACUGGGGUCACCGGCUAUGCGUAGGGACACUUUCGACAACAUAGACGCAAAAGAAAAUUCGUCAAAUCUGUAUGCUCCAGUAUUUCAACCUACACCAGUAAGAACAUACAAAGAACAUCUUCAUGACGUAUUAGACAUGGAUUGGUCAAAGAAUAAUUUUUUAAUUUCAGCAUCGAUGGAUAAAACAGCAAAACUAUGGCAUCCCUCAAAAAUGAGAUCUCUAAAGAGUUUCCAACACCCAGAUUUUGUUACUUGUGUCAAAUUUCAUCCUACUGAUGAUAGGUUCUUUAUUAGCGGUUGUUUAGAUCAAAAAUGUAGACUGUGGUCAAUUUUGGAUGAUGAGGUGAGUUUCGAAUUUAAUUGUAGGGAUCUAGUGACUUCCUUGACACUAACCCCUGGAGACGGCACAUAUACAAUUGUGGGAACAUUCAAUGGUUACAUACAUGUACUACAAACUAAAGGAUUGGAACAUAUAACAUCUUUUCAUGUUACAGCUAAGAAAACUCAUGAAAAUACACAUGAAGUUUUAUGCCCAAGUAAUGAUUCAAAAGUUAGGCAUGGUCCUCGAGUAACAGGCCUACAAUGCUUCAAUUCUUUGAUAGACAAUUCUUUGAGAUUGGUCGUGACCUCUAGUGAUUCGCGUAUCAGAGUCUUUGACUUGACAAGAAGGAAAUUGAUUGAAAUCUUGAGAGGGUUCCAAUGUGGUUCUUCACAGCAUAAAGCUCAAAUAUCCGUAUAUCGUAAUCAACCGAUAGUAAUCAACAGUAGUGAUGACCAUUGGGUAUAUGGUUGGAGAUUAAAAUCUUCUGACCCUGUCGAGAUCAAUAAGAAGGCAAAAAAACAUGGAAUGUCUAGAUCAGGUUCUAUUCGAGGUUUGUUCUCGAAAUCCAUCAGCAGGUCGUCUAGCCAAGGAAGUGAGGAUAGACAAAGUUUAAGAAACACUUUAAAAUUAUCUUCAUUACUACCUAUUCCACAUAGUAGUCAUAGCGAUGGUGUCAUGAAAAAUAGUGAUUAUUUUUCAUUUCAUGCACAUAAUGCACCAGUUACCACGGUCACCAUGGCACCAGAAGAGACCUCGAAGACUUUAUCUCUGUCAAAUGAUCCUAUUUGCGAACUGUCGCUAGAGUUUUUUGAACCAUCUGAUGAAGUUGACAUAAUUAAACUAAAAGAUACACAGAAAGGCGGGCACGACAAUAUUCCUGCUACAAAGACACCAGUGACAACUUCAUUAGCUAAACCAACUCCAGUGGAAGUUAUUGGAAGUAUACUGAUCUCGACAGACAGUAAUGGGUUAAUUCGUGUAUUCAGAGCAGAUAUGUCUAAGAGUAUAAGGGCUAGAGUGUUGCAGAAGUUACAGAAAUAUAACAGAGAGAUGGGUAAACAAUAUGGUAGCACCGAUUCACUUGUUUCUGAGAAUGAUAAAUCGAGGCCCAAUUUGGGUACUGUUGGCCACCAACCAAGUACAAAUUCUACCUCAUUUUUAAGUAGUACAGGAUCAACAAACACUACAACUGUAGGGUCGGGCUCUAAAGCUUCCAUCACAAGGAAUCACAGUUUCAGAUCAUUGAAGGCAUUCAAGUCUCCUACAGCAAACUUCUCAAACACAGCUUUAGGUGCGACGAUGAACAGAGCUCCAAGAGAAAGUAUAUCCUCCGUACGCUCAGAUUCCACUAGCAAUACGAUGACACCUAUGUCGUUCCCUGGUCUAAAAUGUCAUGUCUGUGAUGGUACAAAAUUUGAACCUCUAACAAGGUCGUCAGGAUCGCAAGAUAAGAGUUACUUUUGCGUAGAUUGUAAAACGCUACUAAACAAUUUCAGGUGA